AGAUGAAAUGUGAGCCUGGGUGGUCAAGGACGCCAGAGAAGCUGCUUUUUGCUUGCCAGAGCCAGUACCUUUGGGCGGGACAAAGCCUCUGCUGCAGCUCUGCCAGGCAAGGACCACUGGCGCCCAGCUCCCCGCAGCCAGCCGGCUUCUUCAGGGCUCUGGUUAGGGUCAUGGCCAGGCCUGCUCUGGACCCUGCUCCCGGCAGCACAGCCCUGUCCACCUAACAACCCUGAAUCCUCCUCAUCGCUGCAGGGUUUCCUGGCCGUCCCUUUACUCCACCUUCUGCCAGGUCUACCCGUCUGUCCUACAGAGCAGCUUGGUGCCACCGGCUUGGAUGGACGUGUUGAGGCUGCCCCGGCGUCCUGGGGUCUUGCUUCCGAAGUUGGUUCUGCUCUUUGUCUACGCAGAGGAUUGCCUUGCUCAGUGUGGCAAAGACUGCAGGUCUUACUGCUGCGAUGGAAGUACCCCCUACUGUUGCUCCUACUAUGCCUACAUUGGGAACAUUCUCUCUUCUGAUUCUGGGCAAGAUGGAGGAAAACAUACUCUGCCCCAUGUCGACACCAAAACCAUCUCUCCACCCUGGACAAGGGGCACUGCAAUUGCCGGUAUCGUGUUUGGAAUUGUGUUCAUCAUGGGGGUCAUUGCAGGAAUUGCCAUAUGCAUCUGCAUGUGCAUGAAGAAUAACCGGGGGACCCGUGUGGGUGUCAUCAGAGCAGCCCACAUCAAUGCCAUCUCUUAUCCUGUGGCGCCACCCCCCUACACGUACGACCACGAGAUGGAAUAUUGUACAGACUUGCCUCCACCAUACUCUCCGACCCCUCAAGCUUCAGCCCAGCGCUCCCCACCCCCUCCUUAUCCUGGAAAUUCAAGGAAACAUUCCUCCUCCCACAACCGAAUAUGUGCUAAUUAGCAAUUUUUGCCAGAAUGGAAUGCCUUAAUUUAGAAACAUGCCAAACAAAUGAUUGUCUACUGGUUGAGGACAGAUAAUAUCUCAGGCAGAAUGCCCAUGUGGAUACCAGGGUUCCUACCCUGCUCAGAGUUGACCCUAGGUGGAGAUUUAUGCUUGGUUCUUGGCAUUCACAUAUUAAAGGAUAUACUGGACCACGCAAGCACGAUCAGAUUAGAGCAGUGCACUUGGCAGGCCAUCUGCUAAUCAUGCUGCGUUAGAACUAGCUGAAGGCUAUUUCAACACUGAACCUGGAAUAAAGAAGAAAAGAGGGUAGUCUGAGUUAUGUCAGGAAGCAAGUGUAUUCCAUAUAGCUUUAGUAGAACAAUAAUUGCUCAUUAUUUUGUGGAAUAAAGAAAAAAAGAAGAUAGUCUGAGUUAUAUCAGGAAACAAGUGUAUUCCAUAUAGCUUUAGUAGAACAAUAAUUGCUCAUUAUUUUGUUUGUCCACAAAUACGCAUUAAGUGCCUUCAAGUCUAUUCUGUGCCUGCACCAAUAGAGGCACCGGAUUGAAGAAGCCAGAAGGAACUUCUGGUUUUAGCACAGGCUUACCUCAUCUUGUUGCACUUUGCCCUUUUGCACUUUUCAGGUGUUGCAUUUUUUACACCAUGAAGGUUCAUGGUAACCUUGCACCAAACAGUAUCAUUCACCCAGCAGUAGGGGCUCACAUCCUAUCUUUGUAUCACAUUUGGUAAUUCUCACAAAGUUUUAAAUGCUGUCGUUGCUGUUAUUAUGUCUGCUAUGGUGGUCUGUGAUUGGCUAACAGUUGAUACUGCCAUAGUAGUCUUCUGUUUUGUUUGAAACUCUGUCCCUAUAAGACAGCAAGCUUAGUACAUUCAUAAAUAUUGUGUGAGCUGUGUCUGCUCCACUGAAAAACUCCUCCCAUUACCCUUUCUUCCCCCUCCUUUACCCUCUCUUUUCUGAUAACAGUAUUGAAAUGAGGCAUAUUAUUAAUGACCUCUAAGUGUGGAAGCUAAAAGAAGAAUAUAUCUCUUGCUUUAAACUCAAAGCUGGAAAUAAUUCAUCUCAGUGAGAAAGGCUUGGUCAAAUCUGGAAUAGGCUGAAAGGUUGGUGUCUUAGCCCAGUUCAUAAACUAAGCUCUAACCAUAAAUUGGGAUUUCUUGAAGAAAAGUAAACUUAUCUCUUUCCAAGCACAUGUAAAGAAAGAGAAAGGUGACCCAUUGUUCAUAAGGGGGACUCUUUAGUGGUAUAAGUAGCAGAUCAAAACAUCCACAUUCCCUUAAGUCAUAAAGCUUACUCCGGAGUUAGGACUGAUCUCUCUUCCUCCCACAGAGGUGGGCAGGGGUGAACAUGCUGUAAGGGAGAGAUUUGAAGGUCACAGAUCAGGUCCUGAAAAGAAGGAGAGGAGCUUGCUCUCCAACAGCAAAGUGAACACUGAUGUGUGGGCCUCAUCCUGUUCUCCCACAGAUGAAGUUAGGAUCGCACAUUAAGAUGGUUACAGUAAAACAAAGUCUAGAUGAAAAUAAAGGGCCCUACUGUCAGCAGACAAGGUCUUUAGAACUUCCACACUCAACAGAAAGAAGCCAUCCUAACUCCAAAGCCUUAAAACAUAGGCUGCCUUUCUUGUUAGUGUCUAUGACACAAACGGCAACCUUCAGAUAAAGCCAAUGCCCAAUGUUCAUUUACUAGUCAAAAAUCCUUAAGACUAUACUAAAUCUACUCAGUCUAUAUAGAGAACAGCAAGUCAAUUUUCAAUGUAGUCUAAUGAAUAUUUUAAGCCAAGUGUUGGAAUUUACUGCUCCUUCAAAUUCCUUUCAAACUGUUACUGCUCAUUGGCAAGGCACUGGUCAUCCAAGAUGGCGAAGAGACAAAGAUGUUUUCAUGUUACUCAUGUCCGAAGCCUACUGUGUCCCAUAGACUACGAGUAACUUCACCUUUCAAGCACUACUAUUUAUGAACUGUCUUUUAUAAGGCCAUGGCUAACAUAAAAAUGGGAUCUUCUGGAGGCUGGACAAAAUACAUUAGAGGCAUCCUGGGAAAAAAAACUUGCCAUUGUAGAAGCCAUUAAAAUCAUCCAUGAUUCAUGAAAACAGAUCAGGAUAUCAAUAUUAAUAUUCAUCUGGAAGAAGUUGCUUUCAACCUUCGUGCAUAAUUUUGGUAGUUUGAAGACUUUGGUGGAGGAAGAACCUACAGAUAUGCUAGGACCACAAAGAAACCAAAUUAGAGAUAGAAUUUAAAGAUUUUUAACUCAAUUACACCUUGUAAUAUCACUGCCAGAUAAACAAUUGCCCCUUAUAAGUGAGCCCUAAAAAUUAGUUUCUUUGGGUGAAAUAUGCUCCUGGAGAAAGGUGCUGUGGGCAGGGAUGAGAUGAUAGGAGAGGGUUUACUUUUAAGUCAUUUGAUAAGUCAGCAGCAGAAUUGGAGAUGACUACAAAUUUGAAAGAAGAUACACUGUUUAUUAAAAGCUACCAAAGAGCAUCACACACUGCAGAGAAGCCUUUUGUAGACAGCAGGCUUCCCUGUCAUUUGAAGGAACUAACAUCCAUCCAGCAAGCCUCAGCAACCACCAAGCUAGUCACUACACAACUCUCACACCACCAACAACCAAAAAGAUGUGCGUCCUCUGAAAGCUCGGUUGCUAGCUGCCUUUUACCAGCAAUAAAAUAUUUUUAAUACAGGUGUAUACAUUACUUUGAAGAAACUUAGUAAAUGCAGUCUAAACAAAACUUUAAUGUGCGCUGGGAAAGUGGAAAGUAUUCUUUAGUGAAUUCUGUGAUUUUCUUGUGAAAAUUUGCCUUAUAAAAAACACAGGCAGCUUCACUGGGGACAUGGAAGAAGUGUUACUGAUAUGGGUAGACAAUCAACUGAAUGCUGUCUCUAAGAUACACCUGUAAAAAAUAAAAAAGCAGUUGCAGCAGCAUUAUUGUUGACUAGAAAUUUUGUGAAGGUCCCUGCCAUCCCAUCAAGAUUGCAAACAAAAUCUAGCUAUGCAUUAAAGAAAUAUUCUAGAAAGAAUUUCUAAAAUAAAGAGCAGACUAGUCCUUUCAGCUUUAUUUUUUUUUUUUUUGCUUAUGUUUUAGGAAGAUGUAAAAUGACCGGUUGUAUUUCUAGUAGAUUAAUCUUAUUCACUAAUUUGAUUAUUUAAACAAAAUGAAAGGUGCCCAACAGGUUCUGGAAGCUAAAAUCACCUUAGUUAUUACAAACCCCUCCUAAAAACCCCUUGGCUUUAGUCACUAGUGUGAUGAAAUUGCUCUAACUAUGGAAUAAAUGUUGAGAACCACAUUCCCAGAGAUUUUAUAUUAGUAAUAAAAUGCCAGAAUUUGACCAUAUACAACAGACUUUUUUAAAGGGGGAAAUAAAAUUUGAUUUCUUUCUGUAGAAAUAUGCUCAAAUGUAAUAGCCACUUUUUGCAUUUUAUAAACUUUAAAUAAUCUAUUCUUUUAGAAAAGUUACAUAAUUAAUGGAAAAGGUAAGGAGGCACCCUUGUCUUUUAUGCAAGUACAGGUUUUUAUGAAGUGCUUACCUUUAAAUAAAAAGGCAGUCAAUAAAUAAUUCAAAUGUGCUAUAGUCUAUUGCCAGUGGCCUUAACAUUUGUAUUUUUUAUGUAGGUCCUUCUGUGUGCUUUUAAACUGUUUGCUGAACACUGAGUAUAGAUGAUGAGACCUUUCUGUCUCUUCAGAAGGGAGCCUAAAACAUUUAAUCCAAUAUCAUGAUUAAAAUUCAUUGGCAUUCCAAAAUGACACUAAGAAACUUGGUAAAUAACCAAAAGAAAUAGUUGGGAAACACUAUGAGUGAGCAGUGGCUUUUACGGUAACAAAUAGCUAUAUCAGAAAUGUGUUGAUCUGACUGAACCUGGUCUGCAGUGAGGUAUUAAGGCUCGAUUUGUUUGGAAUGUCUUGCUCGGCUUAGGCGAGGAUAAUCUUAGGAAGAUGAGAAGCCUUCAGGGGUUCCUGACUGUUCUGCUGAAAGGCUCCAUGUCUCGCAGGAAGUAUUAGCAUCGUGUUAACAGUCCACAGGCUUUAAUUUAUUUUUCCCAUGCAAAUGUGAUUAGUCUCUACUCCUCUACAGCUAUAGUUCACAAUGCCAAACUCUCUGGGAUUUGAGCAUGAUGUUUGCAAAUGCACUGCAGGUUCCUAAGGAAAAAUGAAGAGGCAAGGCUGUUGAAAUGGAAUAUUCAUCGUUGCGCUAAUGUAGAUCCACCAUGUGCCUCCUAUGUUCAUAAGUGUCACCUGCCCGGGAACCAUUUCUGUCCACACCAUCUCUCUUCAAGUGGUUUAUGGCUUCCCCUAAGGUAUAGCACAAGCCUAUACAUUUACAAAAGAUGAAGGAUUUUACUGUUUUUUUUUUAGUGUCAUAAUAACGUAAACAAAUAUAUCAUAGAUGUUUAAAGUUCACCGAUGUAUAUGGAGGAAAACAAUAUUUGAUGUAAAAUUUUGGAUUAUGGUUAUUUAAAAGCUAACAUUUGCUAUGGCUAAAUUGUUUAUCAUAAGGAAUAAAAUGAAAGAACUUAUUGUAACAAGA